AUGGGCGCAUUCAAUGGCUUGGUUGAAGUGCUGAUAUCAGUCGGGGUGGACGUUGAUAUCCAGGAUAGGUCUGGCCGCAGACCUCUUUUAGGAGCUGCCGGGAACGGGCAUGAAUCCACUGUGCGGCUGCUGCUUGAAGGGGGCGCAGACACUGAGCUUCACGAUUCUCUUGGCCGGACGCCUCUCUCGUGGGCCGCCGGGAAUGGGCAUGUGGAAACAAUAAAACUGCUACGCUCAGUAGGUGCUAACUUUGAGGCCAAGGACAGUUCUGGUCGCACACCACUUUCAUGGGCCGCUGGGAACGGGCAUGAGGCCGCAGUAAAACUGUUACUCGAAAAAGGGGCCAUAAGUGAGGCUGGGGACAGUUCUGGUAGCACACCACUUGUGUGGGCUGCUAUGAAUGGGCACCAGGCUGCUGCCGAGGCGCUUCUUCGGAAAGGCGCCAAAAUUGGAGCUGAAGGCAAUCUUGGUCGUACACCGCUAUUGUGGGCUACCAUAAAUGGGCAUCAAGCCACUGUCGAUAUUCUUCUCCGGAAUGGUGCCAAUAUUAAUGUUGCGGACGAAUGGGCCGGCCGGACGCCUCUCUCGUGGGCUGCCAUGAAUGGAGACCAAGCCAUUACCAAGCUGCUUCUUGAAAAGGGAGCCAAAGGUGAAGCUAAGGACAUUUACGGGCAUACACCACUAUCGUGGGCUGCUAUGAAUGGACAUCAAGCCAUUGUUGAGCUGCUUCUCAAUGUUAAAGCCCAGAGGCAGUUAGACAUUGAGUCGACUGUAUCAUUGGCUUCCAUAAGUGGAAAGUCUGCUAUCGUUGAGCUGCUUCUAAAGAAUGAUGCCGUUAAGCGCUGA